UUGAACGUUCCAGAACGUAAAAACGUAAUGCACGCAGCCCUGGUUUAGGAUACAUAAAAUAACCAGAGUACCCAUUUAGUAGUAUUUGAGGAGACGAAACGUCAUACAUUUAUCUAGGUAGCUAGUGGCCGUGAAUAUUUGAUGUUAGAUUAUCUUUAUUGAGUUUUGUUGAAACAGAAGUUUGCGUGCUCACAACGAUACUGAAAUUAGCUAACGUUGCUAGUUAGCACGCUAACGUUAGCUCGCUAGUAGUAGUGUCAACAAACAGAGUGACUUUACGUUAACGGGUUCAAGUAACUCUGCACAAAAGCGCGAUGCUGGUAACCGUUUUCUGCUGCCCCAAUGACCAUUCGGAAAUCACAUUUGCACUCGAUGUCUCUCCAGAGCUUGAACUCAGAGAUUUUGUUGCUCUGUGUGAACUAGAAUCAGGAAUCCCUGCUGGUGAAAUUCAGAUCACAUAUGCAGAGCAGCCCCUAAAAGAUCUGACCUGUGCUUUAGGGACUUAUGGUCUGAAGGAUGGCGAUGUGGUGGUGCUCAGACAGGUAGAAAGACGGCAACCGCCAGCACAACCAGUCUUCCCAGGUCUGCCCCGUAUUGACUUCAGUUCCAUUGCAGUCCCUGGCACCUCUUCUGGUUCCAGUCAACGGUCGACCCGUAGACAGCAGCAACAGGCCCCAACCCCACAGCAGCAGUGCCCUCCACCCCCUGCUGCACCCCCAUCCCUACUGGGCUCCACUUCCUCUCCUCCGGGGCUGGAUGACCCUGCCUUACUGCAGCAGAUGCUCUUGGCCAAUCCACACGAACUGUCGCUGCUCAAGGAGCGCAAUCCACCAUUGGCUGAGGCCCUGUUGAGUGGAGACCUGGAGCGUUUCACCAAAGUGCUGUUGGAGCAGCAGCAGGAUCGAGCUCGCAGAGAGCAAGAGAGGAUCCGGCUUCUGACUGCCGACCCAUUUGACAUGGAGGCCCAGGCCAAGAUAGAAGAGGACAUCAGGCAGCACAAUGUUGAGGAAAACAUGACCAUUGCGAUGGAGGAGGCCCCAGAGAGCUUUGGCCAGGUGGUUAUGCUCUACAUCGACUGUAUAGUGAACGGGUACCAUGUGAAAGCUUUUGUUGACUCAGGGGCCCAGAUGACCAUCAUGAGUCAGGCGUGUGCUAAGCGCUGUAACAUCAUGCGCCUGGUGGACCGACGCUGGGCCGGCAUCGCCAAGGGAGUGGGCACCCAGAAGAUCAUUGGCAGAGUCCACUUGGCUCAGGUCCAGAUAGAAGGGGACUUCCUGCCUUGCUCCUUUUCCAUCUUGGAGGACCAGCCUAUGGAUAUGUUGCUUGGACUGGACAUGCUCAAGAGACAUCAGUGUUCUAUUGACCUGAAGAAGAACACGCUACUGAUCGGGACGACGGGCACUGAGACCCGCUUUCUGCCCGAGGCGGAGCUGCCAGAGUGUGCACGACUGGCGUACGGGCCGGAGGGCCGAGAGGACGCCCAGCCAGACGAGAUCGCAGACAGAGAGCUGGCGGAGGCACUUCAGAGAUCUGUUCAGGAGAGCGGUAAGGAACACGGUCUGGGAGAGAGUGCUAUGGGGAUUCCUCAGCUCUCUGUCUGCACACUAAAGCAGUGGAGAUUUUUGCAGCACAGCAGAGACAUGACCCAGAAGCACUUUUGCAUGGGUCUUUUUUUAGCUGCUUUACUCCUGAGCCCUGUUUCUGUACUCAUCUGCCUUCUCAGUCACAUGAUCACUGCAUUUCAUCACCUCAGAAAAUGAAAAAUAAGCUUUAUAAUCAGCAGGGUUCUUGCCGUCAUGAAAGUCCUUAGUCUUAGAGUUUUAAAAUUGUGUUUUCCAGGCCCCGAAUAGUUUCAUGGUAAUUUAUUUAAACGUUUUUGUUUUAUGUAAUUUAUUUAGGCACAGUUCUUAAAUAUUUUAUCAAUCAAAUACAUAUCAGCCAGGAUUGCACCUGCAUAUUUAUUUAUUUCACCUUUUAUUUAACCAGGUAGGCUAGUUAAGAACAAGUUCUCAUUUACAACUGCGACCUGGCCAAGAUAAAGCAAAGCAGU